UAGUCUCGAGCAUGUCAAUUCCCUCGCGAUACUUCCACUUUCCGUGCCACUGUUUGGUCAACAGCUAUUAAAAGCUGCUUUUUUGACAGCUGAGUUGGACUUCAGACAUGAGUGUAACGCUGACAGACGGGGCAAUUCAAGCCCUCUUCAGAGGCUCACAGGUGAAAGAUCCGGUUCUCCAGCUACUGAACAAGCGUCAAGUCUGUAAUAAAGGCUCAACCAGGGUUAAUCUCCGAAUGAGCGAUGGUCAACACUAUUCAAAUUGCUUUUUGCUGAACACCUCGUUAAACUAUCUGGCAGACACUGACCUACUAUCACCUAAAUGUGUCUGUAAACUUACAAAAACCACAGUCCAGGCUUUUGAGGAUGGCAGACUUGUGGUGGUUGUGUUGGAAUUGGAGAUACUGCAGUCGGCCGAGGAAACCAAUGAGGUUAUUGGGAAUCCCACUCCCCAUAAUCCACAAGGUCAGAGUUCAGUUUCGGAAGCAUCUGUUACAGACGAAGAACCAGGGCCGUCACAUGGACACAGCAGCGUAGCUUCUCCAAUGAAGUCUUCACCCAUGAAGUCUUCACCCAUGAAGUUCUCAUCCGCAGUCAGUUCACCCAUGAAAAGUUCACCUAUGAAGAUGUCACCUAUGAAAAUUUCCCCAAUGAAAUUUUCACCUUCAAAAUCCCGUGAUGCUUCUCCAAGUCCACUGAUCCCUAUCUCCAAGCUCAAUCCUUACCAAAACAAAUGGACCAUUAAAGCCCGAGUUACCAACAAGUCCAAUAUCCGCACCUGGAGCAACUCUAAAGGAGAAGGAAAGCUCUUCUCCUUUGAGAUAGUGGAUGAGAGUGGAGAAAUUAGGAUCACAGCCUUCAACAAGGAAGUUGACAAGUUUUUCUCCCUAGUGGAACCAGGAAAGGUGUACAAAAUCUCCAAUGCUACACUGAAGCUCGCCAACAAACAGUACAACAAACUGAGGAACGACUAUGAGGUGACCCUUCACGGCCACUCCCUCAUUGUGUUGUGUGACGACGGCCAGGGAGUUCCCACAGUGCACUGUGACUUUGUGUCCAUAGCGGAGCUGGAGAACCGAGAAAAAGACACCGUCAUUGAUGUUAUUGGUGUGUGCAAGAGCGCGGAGGAUGUAUCCCGAAUCACCACUAAGGCCGGAAGAGAAGUCUCCAAGAGGGCCCUCGUCCUCAUAGACACGAGUGAAAAAGUGGUGACAGUCACACUGUGGGGAAAGGAGGCAGAAAAGUUCGAUGGCAGCAGAGAGCCCGUGGUUGCCAUCAAAGGAGCUCGUUUGUCAGAUUUCGGAGGCAGAUCUCUCUCAACUGUGUUCAGCUCCAAGUUAAUGGUCAACCCAGACAUACCUGAGGCUUUCAAACUGAGGGCAUGGUAUGACCAGAAAGGCCGUGGUCUUCAGAACCAAACCCUGAUUGACACCUGGUCAGCGAGAGGUGCAGCAAAUAUUAAGUGGAAAACUCUCAGUGACGUUAAAAGUGAACGGCUGGGACAUGACGUGAAGGCUGACUACUUCAGCUGUGUGGCUACAGUGGUGUUCAUGCGUAAGGAGAAUUGUCUCUACCAGGCCUGUCCGUCUGCACACUGCAGCAAGAAAGUCCUAGACCAACGGAACGGACUGUACUUCUGUGAGAAGUGCAACAGAGAGUUUCGGAACUUUAACUACAGCCUGAUACUUUCAGUAAACUUGGCAGAUUUAAGCGACAACCAGUGGGUUACCUGCUUCCAAGAGACAGCUGAGACCUUAUUGGGUCUCAGUGCAGAAGAACUAGGACAAUUAAAAGACACAGACGAAGCAGCAUUUGAUGAAGUCUUCCAGAAGGCCAACUUCAAAACGUACAUCUUCAAAAACAAAGUCAAGCUUGAAACAUACAAUGAUGAGAGUCGAGUCAAGGUAACAGUAAUGGAAGUGAAACCCAUUGACCACAGGGAAUACAGCAGGACACUCCUCAGCAACAUCCGCAAAUUGUCCAGCUCUACUCGGUCCCAGUCUUACUAACAGCAGCCUGGUAAUUGAACAUGUCCGGGGCUGACAUGUGAUUGGUGUGUCCAACCUUUUCCAGCAGUGAGAUAAUGGCUUAUCUGUCAGGGGCAGCAGAAGGGCGGUCAGAGGUUCAUCGGAUUAACCAGCUGCCAAACCUUAAAAGUGAUGGUAUUUAGUUGUUUGCUUCCAUUUACAAACUGUUUCUAAAAACACUGUAGAUAAUGGGCGGGGGGGGGGGGGAUCUAGUUUGUUAUUUUAAAAAGAGAAAUAUUUUAAAGAAUAUUUGGUAUAAUGUGUUUUUGACCCAGAUGGUAUUUAACAUACAGUGCAUCUCGAGAUGCCCAAUGAAGUCAGAUUUCAUAUUUAUAUUUUUACAUUGAAUGCCCUUCAAAAAAAAAACUAUUGGAUGUUUUUUUUUAUUUUAUUUUAACUUUAUUUUAACUGCUUUUGAAACAGACCUAUUUCCUUUAGCAUUUCCUAUCUUGGUCUAAAUCUGUUUAUUUAUAUAUGUCUAUAACAUAUACAUAUUCAUAUAUAUCUAUAAAUAAAUCUUUAUAAAUAUAUAUGCAUAUACAGUAUGUAUAUAUAUAUAUAUAUAUAUAAAUAUAUAUAUAUAUAUAUAUGGAAUCAAGGGUUAUUACAAAUAGGAAAAGGUUAAUUUAAGUAGUUUAUUACAGGAUUUUUAUACCUUUUGCACUUUAAUUUUAUAGGCACUGCCAUAUGAAGAAAUGUGUAAGACCAUCUGGCUUACAGAUCAAACAAUGUGCUUUUUAACAGCAAUAAGACGUUUACACAGUAGCAGUGAAAAGUAUUUAAGAUAACAAAUCAAAUAGGAAACCAAAACUGUUGUUCCAGUACCAGGCCAUAACUGUUUAUCUUGCUUGUUAAAAAUCAAAAACGCACCCUCAGUAUCAACAGCUUUACAACUAGCUCCAAGUAAACGCUGGUGUGUCACAUUUAACUAAUCCUUUAGACUCUACGUACAUCAUUGAUGGGAAUAUUUUGCUUGCAACGGUUACAGCUAACUUUGGUUAUUUUGAUGUCUGGAAAGGAUUUGAGUAAUAAUAAUAAAAAAGACAAUUAUAUGUGAGCGUUAUUACAUUUUAAAUCUGUUGGCAUAAGUUAGAUUUUAGUUUUUAUUUUCUUACUGUACUACGUAGUUCACAGCUUUAUGACAGUCUCAAAAAUUACAACAUGAGUGGCACCUCAGCAGACAGAACACAGGGAUGCCUAGUCAAUUUUUUUUCCUGCAUAAAAUUCUCAUAUACUGUGUUGAGGCUCAUAUCUCUAUGGUGGAUGGAUGGAUGCAUAGAUAGAUGGAUAGAUACAUAGAUGCAUUGUUCCAAGUAAAGCAGUUGAGUGGAGGCUUCUUUGGUUCUGAAUGAGAAGUGUAGCAUCUUUAAGAAACCAAGACAGGACCAAGUGCCCUGGAUGCCUGAGAACAUACAUAGAUGUGUUGUUAAUUUGUUGCUGAGUCAUGACCCAACUCAUUAUCAGUGCUCUUUCCAUGCCCCUUCUGGAUCCUCAUAUCUGUUACAUCUGAACCUGCUUAUUGAGGAGCCUUCUAGAAUGUUCUUCGACGACCUUUCCUUCUCACUCUGCACCUCUUCCAACCCUUUUUUGGACUGGGUAGCAGGCAUCGCUCUCGUAAAUUAGUUUACGUUUUAAAAUUAAAAAUUAGGUUUGUCAGUGAA